GAGGCAGCGUACAAUAGAGCAAGUUUUACCUGUUACGUAGCCAUCCUAUUCUGUUAAGAUCAUUAUUUGUUUUCAUUUCAAACAAGUAGUAGGUACUUAUUUUACAGAAUCUAAGCAGUCCCAGUGAAUGAAAAUUUUUAGUGCUGUUCAUUCGAGGUACUUAAGCGUAACGUCACGAUGGCGUUGGCCGCAGAACACAAUAGCGUGACUUCAUUGCUAGCGCUCCUACAAUUGAUACUGUUUAUUACUUUCUCGUCAUCCGAAGCGGCGUCAACGGGUUCGUCAGGUUCAAAAACGCCUGUUCUUCUCCGGACGUCAGUUAUGCAUCCCGCGUUUGAAUCUGCCGGCAAAACUGCUGGACUCAAAAUUUGGAGAAUUGAGGACUUUGAACCUGUGCCUUAUCCAGUAAAGGAUUAUGGAAAAUUUUAUACCGGAGAUUCGUACAUUGUAUUAAACUCGAAAGAAGAUAAGAAUAGAAAGUUUAUAUCGGACAUUUACUAUUGGUCGGGUAGUGCAUCAUCUCAAGAUGAAGUUGGUGCUGCGGCGAUCCUUUCCGUUCAAUUAGAUGAUGCUCUAGGUGGAGAUCCAGUACAACAUAAAGAAACUCAGGAUCACGAAAGUCAAGCUUUUCUAUCACUGUUUACACCUUCUAUACGUUAUAUACCUGGUGGUAUAGCAUCCGGUUUUCGUCACACAGAAAUUAAUGCUGGAGGUGAAAAAAAAUUAUACCAAGUUAAAGGCAAAAAAAAUAUUCGAGUAAAGCAAAUUGAACCAAAAGUGACGUCCAUGAACCAAGGAGAUUGUUUCAUUCUAGACACAGGCAAAGAAAUUUUUGUGUAUGUAGGACCUCAAGCUAAAGGAACAGAACGUUUGAAAGCUAUAAGUGUUGCUAAUCAAGUAAGAGAUCAAGAUCAUUCUGGAAGAGCCAAAGUAAACAUAGUUGAUGGAUCAAGCACCCCAGAUGAAUUUGAAAAAUUCUUUAAAGAAUUAGGAUCUGGAUCCUCCAAACAAGUUCCCCCAGCUGUAGACGAUGAUCAAGAAUUUGAAAAAAAAGAAACAGCAACACCUGUCUUAUACAAAAUAUCAGAUGCGCAAGGUGGAAAAAUUGUGUCUGAAAAAAUCAACGAAAAGCCUCUUGUUCAGUCACAUUUGAAAACUGAUGACUGCUUCAUUUUGGACACUGUUUCGUCAGGAAUAUAUGUUUGGGCUGGCAAAAAAGGUACAACUCAAGAAAAGGUAGAAUCUCUUAAGCGUGCACAAGUUUUCAUUAAAGAGAACAACUAUCCAGCAUGGACAAGAGUAAUCAGAGUUAUUGAAGGUGGCGAACCAACAGCCUUCAAACAAUACUUUGAUAAUUGGAAAGAUGGCAACAACCGUACUAGUUUGUAAUAAUUCAAAAAUGAACUACUUAAUUUGGUUUUACUGAAAACAUUUUAUUUUUUUUACUGAUUGUUUUUAAUAAAUAAAUAUUUUGAUUUUUAUGGCA